AUGGCAGAUGGUCCUUCUUCCCGCGAGGGGGGCCUAUUCUCUCAGACUAGAGUUUGCAUCAUCCACUCCCACGAGCUCGAUAAACACUUCGCCUCUCAGUUAUCAUCGUCGAUUGAAGAGCACGGCGGAGAAUCUGUAAUCCAUAGGUCGCCUGCUCCACUACCACCCUGUAACGAAUUCACGCAUGUCAUCUCAUCCACUAUUGAUUUUCCCGGCCAUGAAGCCCUCUGUGACUUGUUGAUACCCGUUGUCAAACCACAAUGGGUUCAAGCGUCUAUUGCGAAGAGAAAGCUGGCCAACCCGCGGCAGUAUAAUCCCGACCCGAGACUCUUCCUAAAUGACGUGGUCGUCAAUUGUUGUGAUAUACCAGAAGGCGACAAAGAUGCUAUCAUUGGAGGCGUUCUAGCUAUGGGAGGACUCUAUACACCGCGAAUUUCUAGCAGCACGACUCACGUUGUUGCGCUGAGCGUAGACGAGGAAAAGUGUAGGGCCACAUGCGCAAAGCUGAAGAAUUUGAAAAUCGUACUUCCUCAUUGGUUUGACGAUUGUUUAAAGCUGGGCAAGAGGAUAGACGAAGGACCAUAUAUGCUGCCUCACCCUGAAAUCCUCCAGCCCUACUACGACGCACCUGUUAAGAUGACGGCAAACCCAGAGAUUAUUGGCGCAUCUACUCCACAACCAAAAGAUUUAUAUUCCUUGAACAAUGCACGCGAAGAUUUAAAUGUUUUUGACGGGAAAACUUUGAUGAUAUCAGAAGACUUGAUGAUUGGAGAACGUAUGUUACAGUGCCUUGAAACGGUAAUAACUGAUGGAGGUGGAAAAACCACGUAUGAUGUUAAUAGAACGGACAUAUAUAUCUGUCGUUACCGCGAGGGAGACGACUAUCGAACUGCCUCGAGACUUGGAAAGGACGUUGGAAAUUUGUCGUGGCUUUACCAUCUCAUCGUCCACAACACUUGGAUUUCACCACUGCGCCGACUCCUUCACUAUCCACUUUCCAGAGAAGGUAUUCCGGGGUUCAAGGACUUUAAGAUAAGUCUGUCGAAUUACGCAGGAGAGGCGCGAAUAUACCUCGAAAACCUUGUCCAGGCUGCUGGUGGUGAAGCUACAAAAACACUAAAACAGGAGAACACACAUCUAAUUACCGCUCAUUCAAAUAGUGAAAAAUGCACGGCAGCGCGAGAAUGGAAUCUUCAUAUUGUGAACCAUCUGUGGCUAGAAGAAAGCUAUGCAAAGUGGCAGCUAAAGCCAGUGUCUGAUCCUCGAUACACACAUUUUCCACAAAGAACCAACCUGGGGGAAAUUGUUGGCCAAACGAGGAUAGAUAAGUUCGCCAUUGAAGAGCAUUUCUUCCCGCCUGAAUAUAAUACUACCCCUGAAGGGAUUGAACCAUCAACUGCUAUGAAACAAAAAGAUAGUAAUAUCCCCCCAACUAGUUCUGCAGUUGAUACUUCUACGGAGGAAUGGAAGAAAUCGAAAUUCAAGAAACCGACGCCUGUCCCUAAGACUAAUGCACCACGAUCCACCAAAGAACCACAAUCUACAACGAAAGAUUGUGCCUCUACUCAAACGCCCGUCAUGUCGCGAUUUCACAGAGAAGGUAAAGAAAACGACACCCCCUCUACCACCGGAAGUAGGAAGUCCAAAGAUCUUGCCACUGCACGGCUACACCAAAUUGCUCCAGAUAUCUCGCUCUAUGAAAAGGAGAAACGACGAGCUGGUGGUGUUGUUUAUGGUGGGAGGAGGAAGAGCGACGAUCAAGUAGCGGUCUCGCGAAAGCGGUCGGUUGAGCCCGAAGAAACAACAGAUCCUGAUAUGAAGAAACAAAAAAAGGGCAGGCCUGCAACGACUAUGUAUCUGAUCAUCACUGGAUAUACACCAUGGGUAGGGGAGUCUAGACGGGAAGACUCUGAUAGGCGCCGCCUGCGCGAUCUUGGAAUCAUGGUGGUCCAGGAUGCGUCCAAAUGUACUCAUCUUGCUGCUCCAUCUAUUUUGAGAACCCAUAAAUUCGUCAACGCCCUUGCAUACGCGCCAAAAAUCCUCAACUGUGAGUUUGUCACGGAUUGCCUUAAGCAGGAGAAACUCCUAGACCCAGCAAAAUAUCUACUGCGCGACAAGAAGUCGGAGAAAAAGUUUAACAUUUGCCUCGAAAAGGCGCGAAAUAGAGCGGAGAAGAACAAGAAUACACUGCUUCAAGGCCGCACAAUAUUUUGCGUUGAAACAAUUCACGGGGGCUUUGAUGUAUUCAAAUCUAUCAUCGAGACGAACGGAGGGCAAUGUGCCUUGUACCGUGGGCGACCUCUCAUGAUUUCCAACCGUCGCAGCGGAAAUGAAGACGAAGGCGAUAAUAGCAAGGAUGAAGUGUACCUUAUCAGUGGGACGGACAAAGCACAUCAGAAGUUGUGGCCCAAGUUCCGUACCAUGGCCGAAAAUGCGAAGAAGACACCGAGAAUCAUGCGCUCCGACUGGUUAUUGGAGCUCGCCAUGGCGCAGGAAUGGCGGUGGAAGCCUGAACUGGAACUGAAGGAGAACGACAUCAAGACAGAUGGAGAUUGUUAG